CCUGGCCCGGCCUCCGCCUUCCCCCGGCCCCUCCUCCGCCUUCCCCCGGGCCCUCCUCCGCCUGCCCCCGGCCCCACCUCCGCCUUCCCCCGACCCCUCCUCCGCCUUCCCCCGGCCCGGGCCCCACCUCCGCCUACCCCCGGCCCGGCCCCUCCUCCGCCUUACCCCGGCCCCUCCUCCGCCUUCCCUCGGCCCCUCCUCCGCCUUCCCUCGGCCCCUCCUCCGCCUUCCCUCGGCCCCGCCUCUGCCUUCCCCCGGCCCCGCCUCCGCCUUACCCCCUCCGCCUUCCCCCGGCCACUCCUCCGCCUUCCCUCGGUCCCGCCUCCGCCUUCCCCCGUCCCCGCCUCCGCCUUCCCCCGGCCCCUCCUCCGCCUUCCCCCGGCCCCGCCUCGCCUUCCCCGGCCCCUUCCCUCCCGCCCCGCCCCGCCCUAGCCCGGCAGUCCUUUCAGGGCCGGGGGUCCUGUCUGCGGCACCCUCGCCACCUGCGCACCCUCGCCUCUUCUCCCUUCCUCCCGCCUUUCCAGGGGCUCCUGUGCGCGCUCUUUCCCUCCUUCCCUCCCUCCCCGCCUCCUCCGUUUCCCCCUGCCGCUUCGCUCCCUCCUGGCGCCGCGUGUCUCCCGACAUGGCGAGCACGGACGUGCUGGAGGACGCGGUGGAGGAGCGUGUCAUCAGCGAAGAGUACAAGAUCUGGAAGAAAAAGCUCCCCUUCUUGUACGACCUGGUGAUGACACACGCCCUGGAGUGGCCCGGCCUCACGGUGCAGUGACUGCCUGAGAUUAGCCUAGCAGAAGGUAAGGAUUAUGCUCUGCACUGGCUGAUUUUGGGAACACACAGGUCUGAUAAACAGAAUCACCUGGUUGUUGCCAGAGUCCAGAUUCCCAACAAUUAUCAGUUUGAUUCUUUGAAGUCUGACAGUGAGAAAGGAGAACUUGGUGGCUUUGGAUCUGUGACUGGCAAAAUUGAGAUGGAGAUUAAAAUUAACCAUGAGGGUGAAGUGAACCGUGCCCGUUACAUGCUGCAGAAUCCCCGCAUCGUCGCGACAAAAACACCUGCUGAUGUGCUGGUGUUUGACUACACUAAACAUCCUUCAAAACCAGGUGGGUCAGGCUCCUUGGAGCUAAGCAAAAUGCCUUUUGUCACAGAGGGGUUUUGGAAUGAAUGCUGUAGCUUCAGAGUUGAGUUUAGUAAUAAAAGCUGUAGUGACAGAGAACUUCCUAUAAAAACUUUGUUUGUUUUCCCUCUUUCCUCCCUGCCCCAAGCCCUUCACUGCCACAGCUGGGGCACAAGAUCUAAUGCCACGUCCAAGCCGAGUCACUCAGUAGAUGCUCACACAGCCGAGGUCAACUGCCUGUCCUUCAAUCCCUACAGCGAGUUCAUUCUGGCAACUGGCUCUGCUGACAAGACGGUGGCUCUGUGGGAUCUUUGAAACUUAAAGCUGAAACUCCAUUCUUUUGAGUCUCAUAAGGAUGAGAUUUUUCAGGUUUACUGGUCUCCUCAUACUGAAACCAUUCUUGCUUCAAGUGGUACCGAUCGUCGCCUGAACGUGUGGGAUCUGAGUACAAUUGGAGAAGAGCAGUCUGCAGAAGAUGCAGAAGAUGGGCCUCCUGAGCUGCUGUUUAUUCAUGGAGGACACACUGCCAAAAUUUCAGACUUCUGUUGGAAUCCUAAUGAGCCUUGGGUAAUCUGUUCUGUAUCAGAGGACAACAUAACGCAGAUAUGGCAGAUGGCAGAAAACAUUUACAGUGAUGAAGAACCAGAUAUAACAGCAGCUGAACUGGAAGCUCAAGGAAUGUAACUUUUCUUCUUUAAGGAACUACUGGGAAUGACAUAGUAAUGUAAUUUGACUACAGUAUACAUAAAAUAAAGCCCUUAAAGAAAUGUGCAAAGAACCCCACAAUCACUGGGCAGAAGCAUUGCAUCAAAACAGGAAUAUUCCUAAUUGGAUUAAGGAAAAAGCUUGUAUAAUCAAGUUGUCAUGGGAUACCCUUGGUUCUGUGGGCACUUUGAGCUGUUGUAUACUGUACAGCAGUUAGCUUUAGAGAAAAUAAGAAUGACUUAAUAUCUGUGUCUAUAUUUUUAAAUAAACUCUGUGUGUGUUCAUGUAAAUUAGUCAAAUCCUCACUCUUCACACAUAGAAACUGUAUAAAAAUACCCUUUUGUAUUAAUAUGUAAAAAGAGCUUUUCACUUUUACACACCACUUUUAGAUUGGUUUUGCAUAAAUAAAAUCUAUUUUUAAAAGUG